AAAAAAUCAUAGCUUAACCCAACAAUAUGGUAAACGCCUGGUAUAUAGACGAUAGCCUACGGGAACCGUUAGAUGAAUCGGUCAAACGYAGUGACCGUCAUCUGAAUCCACCCGAGUAUCUAACACUGGAUGAACUUCGUAGGAAAACUGGUGUUACCAUUGAAACAGUCAAUGUGGACAAGUAUGACAACGACAGUGACAACAACAACAUCGAGGAAGAGUUGGCCAAACAUGCGUCGAGUAAGGGCUAUGUCUAUACGGAUGUACUGGACAUACAUGCGGAACGUUUGGAUAAUUAUUCGGAAAAAUUGCGUGCAUUUUAUACGGAACACUUGCACUCGGAUGAUGAGGUUAGGCUAGUAUUGGUCGGAUCGGCCUAUUUCGAUGUACGCGACAUCGAUAAUAGGUGGGUGCGUAUACAUGUUAGACGUGGCGAUCAGCUAAACUUGUUGGCCGGAACCUACCAUCGAUUUACUCUGGAUGUCGACAAUUAUGUCAAAUUGUUUCGGCUGUUCGGCUCGAAACCCGAUUGGUCGUCGUUUAAUAGGCCGGCCGAUGAACAUCCGGCCCGAGUCGACUACAUGAGCCGUGCGGUUAAAGGGUUUUAAUAAUAAUAAUAAUAAUAUUGAUUUUUAAAAAUACAAACAAUAUUAUGAUAUUAUUAUU